AUGAGAAAGAUCUAUGGAGAUCUCAUCAAGUUGCAGUUUGGAGCAUGGCCAACAGUAGUGAUCCACGGGAAGCUGAUCAAGGAGGCGCUUUCUACCAAAGGUGAUGCUUUCUCUGGUCGACCACAGUUCUUCUCAUCUGUGUCCGUUCAAAAUGGCAAAAGUCUAUCUUUUGGAAAAUUCGACAUAUCCUGGAAAUUGCACAGGCGCAUAGCAAAUAAAUCCUUCCAAGCAUUCGCUAAUGCACGAAGCAAUCCUAUUGAAGAAAUUAUAAACGAGGAGGUGAGCUAUAUUUUGGAGGAGUUUGAGAGGUACAACGGCGGAGCGUUUGAUCCACACGAUCACAUUUACAUUGCAAUGGGGAGUGUGGUAUAUCAGAUCUGUUAUGGGAGGAAAGGCAAUGUCAGGGCAGACAAGGACUUCUGUGAGUACAUUCUGCACACUCAGGACUUCUCUACAUUCGUUACUGCUGGGAAUCCAGUUGAUAUUUUCCCAUGGUUACGGCAUUUCAUGAAGGAGAGGAUCAACAAGUUCAAAGAUCUUCUAUCGAAGGGACAUCUUAUCCGCAGAAAAAGGAUUCAGGACCACCUGGAAACAUUCUCUUCUGAUUAUCUCCGGGAUAUUACUGACAGCCUAAUUAAUGAGUCAAGACAAUUAACAGAGGAGGACAAGGCAAAUGGUAUGAGUGAAGAACGGAUUCAGGAUACAAUUGGAGAUCUGUUUGCUGCUGGGUUUGAUACAGUGGCUACUACGACUAUGUGGACACUCCUUCUUCUUGCAAAGACCCCGCAAGUCCAAAAGAAAAUACAGGAGGAGCUAGACGCUGUCGUUGGUAUGUCCAGACGUCCAACAUUGGCCGAUAGACGUAAUCUGGUGUACACCGAAGCAACCAUUCAUGAAAUUCUACGCAUCAUCAACCUCACACCGUUAUCUCUGCCCCAUGCAACCACUGAGGAUGUGGAACUGGCUGGUUACACCAUCAAGAAGGAUACUCUAGUGUUUCUCAAUCUGUUUUCAUUGAGUCAUGAUAAGGAAGUGUGGGGAGAUCCUGAGGUAUUCCGUCCAGAGCGUUUCUUGAAAGAUGAUGGUCAGAUCGACACUCGUCUCGUGGACAUGUAUCUUCCUUUCUCCACAGGACGUCGACGAUGCAUGGGAGAGUUCCUAGCUAGAACCGAGCUGUUUUUAAUCAUUUCAGGUUUUCUACAAAGGUGUACUUUUGUCAAACCUAAAGAUGUACAAGAAUACACCAUGGAGUGUAGCUUCGGGUUGAACAUGAAACCUCUUCGUUACAAAGUUGAGAUCAGAAAUAGGAUCUAA